UAUCUUUCUCACUUCUUUUACACCCUCCCUUUAAAAUUGGACCCUUUGGGGUCACAUCACACCACAUUCAAUCUUGCAGUUAACUUUGGUGCAACCUUUUUCUCUUCCUCGUGUUUCCCACGCGCUGGCCCUGCGCGUGCUCAACCCCAAACACAAUACAACAGCAACAAGAGAGUGUGUUGUGUUGGAUCCUUUGAAGUUUGUCUUGAGGCAUUUUCCUCUUUCUCACGUCUGAACAACAACAACAACCAGAAGAAGCUGUGUGUGAUGGGAAGACUUGCACCAUUGUCAGAAGAACCCACAAACGAAGAAGAUGAAGGAAACAACAACAACUCAAAGAAAAGGCUUCAUUCAUGGAGAAAGUGGAACUGGAUCAAGAACCACUUUUGCCUUGUCUUAAACAAGAAGUCCAACCUCAAGAUCCUCCUUAGUGUCUUGGGUUGCCCCCUCUUCCCUCUCCCUGUCCACCCCUUAUUACCCUUCAAUGAGGUGUCAUCCUCUGCACAGUAUAUCAUACAACACUUCAGGGCAGCAACAGGGUGUAGGAAGUUGGAGGGGACAGUGAAAAAUGUGUUCACAACGGGGAAAGUGACAAUGGAUGUGGUGGAUGAGCUUGGAUCCAAUGGUGGUGGUGUUAAUUUGGAGAAAGGGUGCUUUGUGAUGUGGCAAAUGGUCCCUGAUAAGUGGCAGAUAGAGCUGGUUCUGAGUGGCCAAAAGGUUGUGGCCGGUAGCAAUGGCGCCAUUGCUUGGCGCCACACCCCUUGGCUUGGUGUGCACGCCGCCAAAGGCGGUGUGCGACCUCUUCGCCGCGCCCUUCAGGGACUAGACCCUUUGGCAGUGUCUGCUGUAUUUAGUGCAGCACAAUACAUGGGGGAGAAACAAAUCUCAGGCAUAGAUUGCUUUGUGCUGAAACUCUCAGCUGAUCAGAAGGACCUUGCAGAACGCAGCGACAACACGGCCGAGAUGAUCAAGCACGCCAUAUUCGGCUACUUCAGCCAAAGAAGUGGCCUUCUGGUGCACCUAGAGGACUCUUACCUCACCAGGAUCCAAGCACCAGGCUCUCACCCCACAUACUGGGAAACCACAAUGUCAACAAAGAUUGAGGACUACAGAAUUGUUGAUGGUGUGAUGAUAGCACACGCUGGCUCUUCCACGGCGUUGAUCACCAGGUUUGGGGACAACCUUAAGGCUGGACCAGCCACCACAAGGUUGGAAGAGUCAUGGACCAUUGAUGAUGUUGCAUUCAAUGUGGCAGGGUUGUCCUUGGACUGUUUCAUACCCCCUCAGGAACUACUGAGAGAUUCUUCCUCUUCUUCUUCAGAAGAUGAUCUAGAUUGGAGAUCAUCACCCUUGCAUAGAUGAUAUAUAGUUGUAUACAUAUGGAAACUUGUAAUUGUUUAGUGGUUUUAUUUUUGGGCUAAACAAAGGGUUCAUGGUUCAUGGUUGAUGAUGCUAAUUGUUACUUAACAUGUAUAAUGCUUUUGUAAUUGUAUUACUACACUGUCACACAUUCUGGGGUAAUAGAUGACAGCUAUUGGUUGUUGUUGAUAUGAAAUUUGAUUUUUGAGUU